GUUACCGGAGAGGCGCUGCUCCGCGCUGUAGCCGCGGAUGCUUGCGCGGCAGAGAGUCACUAGGGUUGAGGCCGCCGCGGACUCGCUGCCUCCGCUCACGGCUGUUACGCUGAAGUGCAGCACUACAAGGCUUACAUCCGCUGCUUGAAAAGGAUUAUGAAAUGAGUGGCGGCUUAGCUCCAAGUAAGAGCACGGUUUAUGUAUCCAACUUGCCCUUCUCCCUGACAAACAAUGAUUUAUAUAGGAUAUUUUCCAAGUAUGGCAAAGUUGUGAAGGUUACUAUAAUGAAAGACAAAGACACAAGGAGGAGUAAAGGAGUUGCAUUUAUUUUGUUUUUGGAUAAAGACUCUGCCUUAAACUGCACCAGAGCAAUAAAUAACAAACAGUUAUUUGGUAGAGUGAUAAAGGCAAGCAUCGCUAUUGACAAUGGAAGAGCAGCUGAGUUCAUCCGAAGGCGAAACUACUUCGAUAAAUCUAAGUGUUAUGAGUGUGGGGAAAGUGGACACCUAAGUUAUGCCUGUCCUAAAAACAUGCUUGGAGAACGUGAGCCUCCAAAGAAGAAGGAGAAGAAGAAGAAGAAGAAAGUCCCCGAACCAGAAGAGGAGGUUGAAGAAGUAGAAGUGAGUGAAGAAGAAGGGGAGGAUCCGGCUCUGGACAGUCUCAGUCAAGCCAUAGCAUUCCAGCAAGCCAAAAUUGAAGAGGAGCAAAACAAAUGGAGACCCAGUCCAGGGGGUCCCUCAACCUCAGAUGAUUCUAGACGACCAAGGAUAAAGAAAAGUGCAUAUUUCAGUGAUGAAGAAGAACUUAGUGAUUAAAAUUGUAUUUAUUUUGUAAAUAUUAUUCAAAUAAAAUCUUACUGUACAAAAUGCAGCUGUGGACUAGAGAUUGUUUUUAGUAUUUGAGUAUGUAAGAACACUUAAAUCCAAAUAUUAUUUACUAUAAUGUAGUUCAAAAGAAAUUUUAAAAUAAUUUUUAAAUACCAUGUUUCUAACUUGCCUUAGUGUGGUGGCCCACAGAGGGAGAGUUCCUAGUGAGACCUUACUCAAGGUCAGAGAAUCUGGGCUUGCUUUACCCAGCAAGGCUGCAUAAGGGGAUGAUUUGGCCAGGGGCAUGUUUACUGGGUGUUUGGAAGUGUCUCCACUUGGUUGUAUGUUGUGCUUUGAUCUUGAUAGAGGGAGGUCUUUUGCCCUCUCCUUGGCAUAUUAUAAAAAGCCCUUUUGAAUAAAACUCUGGGUGGCUAGGUAUUGACCCAGGGCCCUCCCAAAGCUA